CCUCCUGCGUGUUUUCAUAAACAAACCACAUUUUUCUCCCGCCGGGGCCGCCGCGCAGUCAUCCUGUCAGCCUGCCAGCAUUGUCGGACUCCUGCUCCUGUGUCAACGAAGGCCGCGGAGAGAGAGCAUCGAGAGCGGGGCUCACAUUCAAAGAAGAGACGCGGGUAAAACGGGCUGCACCGACCGGAGGCUGUCUGUGUUUGUCUUUAUUGUCCGAGCCAGCAGCGCGUGGCCGACCGUUGCAACCGAGCCGACAACAUUACCUGCUUUUAUUGGGUGUUUUUCGGCUGUCAGUCGCAUUGGUCCGCUGUGUAGACCGUGAGGAGCUCCUGUAUUAUCAGACAUGGUAAAGCUCACAAAGGCCAAGACGUUCCAGGCGUACCUGGACUCCUGCCACCGUCGGUACAGCUGUGUGCACUGCCGCGCCCAUCUGGCCAACCAUGACGAUCUCAUCUCCAAGUCUUUUCAAGGCAGUCAAGGCAGAGCCUACCUCUUCAACUCUGUUGUGAAUGUCGGCUGUGGUCCUGCGGAGGAGAGGCUGCUGCUCACAGGACUUCACGCAGUCGCCGACAUCUACUGUGAAAACUGUCACACCACGCUGGGCUGGAAAUAUGAACAAGCCUUUGAGCUGAGUCAGAAGUACAAGGAGGGGAAGUUUAUCAUCGAGCUGUCCCACAUGAUAAAGGACAAUGGCUGGGACUGAGAGGGAAAUCUUUGUCUUUCUUCAUGACUUUUUCAAAAGUUGCAUCCCCCUUGACAUAAAAGGGUUCCAGUGUAGCUUCCUCAUCCCGUGUACGAGCCAUCGCUGUGCCACACUUUUCACUUCGUACGGCUUCUUCACCAAGAAUAGCAUGUGACGCCUUUAUCUUUUUCUGUUCUUCAUGUUUCUCCAGCGACCACAACAACACAUUUGCUGAUAUAUGGCUAUCCCAAUUGCUAGUUGUGCUGGGACAUGGACUGAAUGAGUGCAGGGUUUGUGUGUGAACGACUGGGAGACGUAGUCACACAGGCACGUGUGCAUGUUGGAUUUUAAAGUGUUUGAGUGAUGAAACCCCCAUUCAGCGCUAAACAACCUCGCUCUGCGGGCGCAAGGCCAAAUCAAGUAAUCUGACCUUCUUACACAGAUGCAGGUAUUUGAGGUUUGAGUUUAAGGGGCACAUUUAGACAUAUCUGACCCAAACUGAGUAAAGUAGAUCAUUUUUGAGUGAUAAAAAAGUUUUGGGAAUGCUUAGAGCAGCAGGAGGGUUUGUUUUUUUUUUUAAUCUGUGAAAUUCAUGUUUUUUUUAAUAGAAAGGUCAGUAACACUUAAUAUUUUGCUAAAGGCAAUCAGGAUGCUGAAUUAGUGACGUUGAAACCGGCAAAGUCUCCUGCAAGAAUUCUUAAAUCUGGAGUAUGAGUGUCUUCUGUUUGUACAUUUUAGUGUGUGUGUGUGUGUGUGUGUGUGUGUGUGUGUGCGUGUGUGUGUGUGUGUGUGCGUGCGUGCAGAGAUGUCUUGAGCUGGACAGCGUUGAGAAGCAUUAACCCGGGGUUCACAUCUACAGUUUCCACUGCACAGUUGGGAUAUGUUCACUUUUACUUCAUGCUGAUGAGAUCUAUCCUACGUGUGUUUGUGUAAUAGCCUAACAUGGAGCUGCCCCCUCUACAGAUACAUUUACUCAAUCGUGUUAGAGCAAAAGUGUGAUUAGGAUUAUGUAGCAUAUUUAUGGUGAUUUUUAAUGUCUGCUUCUUUCAUUAAAGUGUAUUAUUUUAACCUAAUCUUUCAUUAAAAUACAGUGUGUCUGUAAAA